GCCAAGAUCCUCGUCGCCGACGGGACGCGCGACGUCCCCAUCGGCGCGCCGCUCUGCAUCGUGGUGGAGCGUGAGCAGGACGUCGCGCUCUUCAACGACUACGUGGAGGCCGGCGCCGACGCCACCGCGCCAGCCAAGGUGGAGCCAGCGGCCCCCCCCCACUCCGCAGCGGCCCCCACCCUGGCUCAGCCCCCUCCCCCCUCCCCGGCGGCCCCCCUCGGCGUGGGGGGCGGCCGCCCCGUCCCGCGUCUUCGCCAGCCCCCUCGCCCGCAAGCUGGCCGCGGACAGGGGCCUCAACCUCGCCACCCUCAAAGGGACGGGGCCGGAGGGCCGAGUGACGAAACACGACGUGGAGACGUUCGUGCCGCCAGCCACGACAACUCCCACCGCCGCAACGGUCGCGCCCCCGGCCGCCCCUCGCCCCGCCCCACGACGCGGCCGCCCCCUCGCCGGAGACUUUGUGGACAUCCCCGUCACCAACGUGCGCAAGGGCGGGGAGGCGAGGCGUCGUGGUCCGUGUGCGUCGACGACGACGACCUCACCUUGUCGUCGUUGUGCGUGUGUGUGCAGGUGAUAGCGGCCCGCUUGCUGCAGUCCAAGCAGACCAUCCCCCACUACUACCUGUCCGUGGACGUGACGAUGGACGAGGUGAUCGGCUUGCGCAAGGAGCUGAACGAG